AUGGCAAGCAGACCUGAGAGUCACACAUCCCUCUCUGUUCAGAAAGUUACAUGCUCAGAAAGUUCUCAAACAAAGAAGUCCCAGCAUGCAGAAGAAGCAAUCUUUUACAUGAACUGCCGAGCAGCUUAUCUAGCUGUUUUGAAAAGCAGCUUAGAAAACAUUAAAUCAAAAGAACAACUCAGUUUGGUACUUCAGCAGGCUGGAAGGAAUCCAUCUCAGAAGACAGUUAAUAAAUAUUGGACUUCACAAACAACCACACUGAAUUUUGAUGAUUUUUGUACUAUUUUAAAGCAAGAAAAACCAGCUACAAAAACUGAACUGCUUGAAGCAUUCAGAAAGCUAGACGCAGAUAACACUGGAUAUAUUUUACAUGAUGAACUUUAUCAAGUCCUUACAAUGAGAGGUGAAAGAAUGAGUCGAAAUGAAGUGAGCAUCAUUCUUAAACAUGCUGACUUUAACUGCAAUGGCAAACUUGACUACAACAAGUUUUGUGACUUCUACAUGGCAACCAGUGAGAAGUGCUGCAAGACAGCACGAGAGAAACUGGAAGUUGAUAGUCGACUGAGGCAGCAGCAGUUUGGAAGUCAAACUGAAACUUCUUCCUUUGAAGGAAUCACACCACCAGUGUCAAAACCAUCACCAAGGAUCUCGAGGAAAACUGAUCACAAAGCGGACCCAGCAAAAGGUGAUAGCAGAACACCUUCAAGACCUUCAUCAGCUCAAACUUGCAAAGCAGCUGUUUCUACCACUAUCACCAUGGUUGCCAGUAGCCACAGAAACACAAAGCUCAUUGAGCCAGACAUGAUGAAGGAAUGGCAAUGGGCACAGUCCAAAGGAUGCUUCUACUUGGAAGAAGAUGGUGAAAUCAUUAGUCACAAGUACAAGCUGCACUUACCUCAGAGGUCUGCAGUAUGUAUUACCAUCAAGCCUUUGAACAUUCGUAAGGUAGAAGGAAAGUCUUGUCCUUGGUUGUCAGUGGAUACAGCUCUGUAUAUUCUCAAGGAAAAUGAAACCCAGGAACAUCUCCAGCUUGUGAGCUUUACUGAACAACAAAACAAAGAGAUGUUUGGAUGGAAAGGGGAGCUUGGAUCAGGAGUUUACUGGCUGCUCCCAUUCACAACAGGCUGUAGGUUGAAGAAGGUAAAAUCACAAAUCACCAGAGAAGCAAAAUUGGUGUACAGAGAUGAAGAUGGAGACCUGGCUCUGACCAAAGAGUUCCGAGCUGCUUUGUUGGAUAUAUUUGAGACAAUUGAUUUGGAUGGAAAUGGUCUUCUGAGUUUGGAGGAAUACAACUUCUUUGAGCUGAGAACUAGUGGUGAGAAAUGUGAUGAGGAAGCAUGGGCUGUCUGUAAGGAAAAUUUUGAUAUGAAGAAGAAUGAGCUAACAAGACAAGGAUUUAUGGAUUUGAAUCUCAUGGAAGCCAAUGACCGUGAAGGGGAUCCUAGUGACCUUUGGGUCACUUUAUUGUCUCUGGGCUACAAUAAAGCAUUAGAAAUGACAGAGGCAUGCCCCUUUGUCAUUGACAUCUAUGCAGAAAAGUGCAAACCCAGAAUUAAAGCCAUGUAUCUAGAGGCAGGGAGCUGGCAACUCAACAGGGCUGUUUGCAAGGCUGUUGUUAAUAAAGGAGAGGCCAAAGUAAUGGAUGGCUGUGAAAACAUCAUCAUCUACACCUACAAAGCAGGCAGGAGAAUCACUUCUGUCAUUGAAAAUAAGUCUGAAAACAAAGUGAUUAUUCAUGUCAACAAUGAGCAGAGUAAGAACUGCCUGAGUAGUAGGGGGCUUACUGUUUUUGCUGUGGAAGUGACACCAAAAUCCAUGAUGGUUUCUCAGCACGUGAUGCCGCUGAACGAGCAGGAAGAGUGGCUUUAUAAUUCUGUGUAUUCCCUUGUACAUUAA